GGGGGGGGGAUUGGACUAACUAGGUGGAAAGGUUGAAUAGCAGGAGGAGUCAGUGGGGAUCCCAUUGUGGAUCAAGGUAAGGAGGUAUCUGGAAGUUUUUAUUUUUAUGAUCUGGGAAAAACAAAGUGAAGGUCGCCUGUGGCUGGAUCAGUCUUAAGUGUUUGGAAAGUUCCAGCCAGUUGGCUCAGUUUAUUGACGUCUGUGAAAACCUCCAGAGGUUGCAAAUCACGUCAAACACUCGUCCUCUCAUGUGUGGUCGCUAAGAUUAUUUAGUGAAAUCAUUGUUGUGUACUUGCUCCCACAAUUAAAUGUUUAAUUGCAUGGAACAAGAAGGGUUUUGCUUUUGGCAAAUCAUUAUUUGGCAAUCAUUAUAAAAACCUUUGUUAAUUUAAAAAUAAAAAUGCAUCAUUGCAUUAACAAAAACUUGGCAAAUGUAAAAUUCAUUGGUAGUUUUAUUUUGUUUUGUCUUGCAGCAAGACAAUGUGAUCCAGCCAUGUCCUUUGUAUAACGCCCCCUGACUUAACUUUGAAAUAUCUUUCUGACCAACCAGAGGCCGUCUUUGUUGUAUGCAGGAUGUUUAUGUUUAGAGGUAUAUGUUCUCAGUUCCCUCCUUUUAACCCCCCAAAUACUCACACACACACACACACACACACACACACACACACACACACACACACACUUUCGCUCUUUCUCAUUACCUUCAUUUCAUACCCAUCCUGCCGAGUGACAAAGCCGUGGCGCGUCUUUCAAAAUGAAUACAAAGCUCGACAGUGUGCUUUUACCACGAAAGAAGUUCAUCUACCAUUACAAAAACAUGCGCUGGGCAAAGGGCCGGCAUGAAACAUACCUUUGCUUUGUAAUCAAAAGACGGGUGGGGCCGGACACCUUAACCUUUGAUUUUGGACACCUCCGCAAUCGCAAUGGCUGCCAUGUAGAGCUGCUGUUCCUGCGCUACCUGGGGGCCUUGUGCCCUGGUUUAUUGGGGUAUGGAGGCCCUGGAGAGAAGAGGCUCAGCUACUCUAUCACCUGGUUCUGCUCCUGGUCUCCAUGUGCCAACUGCUCCACAAGACUGUCCCAGUUCUUCAGCCAGAUGCCCAACCUUCGCCUCCGGAUCUUCGUCUCUCGCCUUUACUUCUGUGAUAUGGAGGAUAGUUGUGAAAGAGAGGGCUUAAGAAUGCUGAAGAAAAUCGGGGUGCAGAUCACAGUCAUGAGUUACAAAGAUUUCUUCUAUUGUUGGCAGACAUUUGUGGCUUGUAAGCAAAGCAGCUUCAAGGCAUGGGGAGAGCUGCACCAGAACUCUGUUCGUCUUUCCAGGAAACUCAAGCGCAUCCUACAGCCCCUUGAAACAGAAGACUUAAGAGAUGCCUUCAAGCUUCUUGGACUGUGAAACAUCCCCAUUACCCUCCUCCUGUUACUAUUCAAUAAGUCAUUCAUUUUAUAGAGAAAAAGAAAAGUUGGUUUUAGUCCUUCACUACAACUGCCAAACUGAGAAUGAAAUUAACUGAGAAAAAAAACUGUAAGGAAAUAGCUUUCAAGUUUUGUCAAGGCCUUUCACGUAAACAUUGCUGCUACUUUCGGUUUCUGAAGCAUUAUUGCCAUGUAAAAUAAAGAAUUACUGCCUU